GCCUAAGCCUUUAGAGUUAUAGCCUACACGGACUGUAUAAAAAUAAGACAAUAUGUCCCGCCCCAUGAACUACAUGGGGCUGGACUUGCAGGGAACUUGUUUAUAUGUGACCGCCUAAACUGGAUAAAGACAAGCUGAGCGCUUUGUUUUGCUUCUUAAAUCUAUUCCUUUGUUUGUAUCAAAGCCGGUAUUCUUGAGAAUGGCUGGGAAUGUCAAAAGGUUUUACGACCUGACAGCUAAGUUGCUGUCUGGAGAAAGCCUCCGUUUCUCUGCUCUGAAGGGCAAAGUUGUUCUCAUUGAAAAUGUGGCGUCUCUCUGAGGAACAACAACCAGGGAUUACACUCAGAUGAACGAGCUCCACAGUCGUUACGCUGCCAAGGGACUCGUUAUUCUGGGUGUGCCCUGUAAUCAGUUUGGACAUCAGGAGAACUGCAAAAAUGAGGAAAUCCUAAAGGCUUUGAAGUAUAUCCGUCCAGGGAAUGGCUUUGAACCCAAGUUUCAGCUCCUCGAGAAGGUGAACGUGAAUGGGGAGGAAGCUCACCCCUUGUUUGUUUAUCUGAAGGAAAAGCUUCCAUUCCCCAGCGAUGAUGCCAUGGCUCUCAUGACCGAUCCAAAGUCCAUCAUUUGGAGUCCGGUCAGGAGGAAUGAUGUCUCCUGGAACUUUGAGAAGUUCCUGGUCAGUGCUGACGGGGAGCCUUACAAGCGUUACAGCAGAAGUUUCCUUACCAUCGACAUUGAAGCAGAUAUUAAAGAGCUGCUUAAAAAGGCCAAGUAAGGCAUGCCACAGCACACUCUGGGUGGCUGUAAGGGAUAUCAGUUAUAAGCAGCCUUGCCAAAAAGCUUAUUGAGUAUCACAUUAUGGGUUUUUCAUUAUCUUUUCCACCUUGACUGUUUAACCUUAGUGCAACACUCCUAAGUUUGUGAUAUCUCCAGCACAGUACACUAUGGUCGUUCAGUCUGUUUACUCAAUGAAGACACUCUUUGAAACCUUUUUGUGAAGGGAGUUUCUGAUGAACAUGUAAAAUACUUACUCUGCCACUGUGUACAACUGUAAUCACAAAUAUUUUCACUGUAUGGGUGGAAAUAGGAUAAAUAAAAAUCCAAUGUCAUAUAAA